CUCCAAAAUCUUCAGCUUCUUCUUCUACUUCUUCUGUUAAACCCUGGCCGCGCGAGAAAACCUAAUUCAAACCUGUAGCCAUGCCUGCUCUCACUCGUAACAAGAAGAAAGCUGCGACGAAAUCGCCAACCCCUCCAACGAAGCAGGUUACCAAAUCCAAAGCUCCUCCAUCUAAGAUUCAGUCGAAACCCCAAACUUCGACGUUGAAGAAAGGAGCGAAAUCCCAGAACAAACCUCCAUUGAAGAAACAGAAGAAGGAAGUUAUCGAGGAAGAGCCUCUCGAAGACGACGAAGAUGAUGUUUAUACUGAUGUAGAAUCAGAAGAGCUUGAUGAAUCUGAUGAUGGAGAGAAGCAAGACGGACCUGAUGAAGAACUUGAACAUGAUGCGUUUCGGCUACCAACUGAAGAGGAGCUUGAAGAAGAAGCUCGUGGUCCACCAGAUCUUCCUCUACUUAAGAGUAGAAUUGAAGAGAUUGUUAGAGCUCUGAAAAAUUUCAAGGCUUUAGGCCAAAAGAUAGCACGAGGAAAGCUUGUGUUGAACAGCUCAAAGCUGAUCUUGGUUCUUAUUAUGGUUAUAACAGUUUUCUUAUUGGAACUUUGGUUGAGAUGUUUCCUCCUGGUGAACUUAUGGAACUUAUUGAAGCUUUUGAAAAGCAAAGGCCUACUCUAUCCGGACUAAUACACUUAAGACUCGAAGACGGGAUCUUGCUGAUGUACUUUUGAACAGAGGAGUCAAUCUAGACCCAUUAAGCAAGUGGUCAAAAGUUGGACUUGUUAUCUAUGAUUCACAAGUCCCAAUGGUGCGACUCCUGAAUACUUGGCUGGUUACUACAUGCUUCAAGGUGCUAGUUCGUUUUUGCCAGUGAUGGCCCUUGCCCCUCGAGAGAAUGACGGAUUGUGGAUGUAGCUGCUGCUCCUGGUGGUAAAACAACUUAUCGCUGCUCUAAUGAAAAAUACGGGCUUAAUAUAUGCGAAUGAGAUGAAAGUACCUAGGCUUAAGUCGCUAACUGCCAAUUGCAUCGCAUGGGGGUCACAAAUACCAUAGUUUGUAACUAUGAUGGAAGAGAGCUACCCAAGGUUUUAGGUCAGAACACGGUUGAUAGAGUUGUUGGAUGCGCCUUGCAGUGGGACUGGAGUAAGGAACUUCGAACUUACUCUCUCUUAAACCAUAGUUAAGGUUUAGAUCCUUGUUACUAAAUAUCCUCUGCUACCCAAUACAGAUCAUAUCAAAAGAUGAAUCAGUUAAAAUAACGAAAACUGCUGAUG